GUUUUCAUCCCCAAACAGAAACCAGUACAAUCGUACACAGAAGAAAAAGUGACGCUUGAUCCAGAACUGGAGGAGGCGCUGACCAGCGCCAGUGACACAGAAUUGUGUGAUCUUGCAGCCAUCCUAGGAAUGCACAACUUGAUAAGCAGCUCUCAGUUUCACGAUAUUGUGGGAAGCAGCAACGGUGUUGGCAACGAGAGCUUCACAAAUGUAGUUAAAGGUGAAAAGAUAGUCCCACUUUUUGAUGAACCGCCAAAUCCCACCAAUGUGGAAGACUGUUUGCAGAGGAUUAAAAAUAACGAUCCUCGCCUUGUUGAAAUAAACCUGAACAAUAUCAAGAACAUUCCCAUUCCAACUCUAAAAGAAUUUGCCAAAGCCCUGGAAACGAACACCUACGUGAAGAGCUUCAGCCUUGCAGCCACUCGGAGCAAUGACCCCGUUGCCGUUGCUUUUGCAGACAUGCUGCGAGUGAACCAGACACUGAACAGCCUCAAUGUUGAGUCCAACUUCAUCACCGGCGCAGGCAUUCUGGCCUUAGUAGAGGCAGUGAAAGAGAAUGAAACUUUGUCAGAGAUCAAAAUUGAUAACCAGAGGCAGCAGCUCGGGACUCCGGUAGAAAUGGAGAUAGCCAAGAUGCUUGAGGAAAACGCCAAGAUCCUUAAGUUUGGGUAUCACUUCAUGCAGCAAGGACCCCGCACCAGAGCAGCAGCCGCGAUCACAAAGAACAACGAUUUAGUUCGCAAGCGAAGAGUGGAAGGUGACCAGCCAUGAACCCUCCAGGCCGUCAGAAGCGCAAAAGAGGAGAGAUUCUGGACCUCCGUGAAGGGCGCCCCACUUCCCCUGGGAUUCGGCAACCCCAAGAUUUUUUUU